AUGCCGUCUUCCCAGGGGAACCUGCAAGAGCAGGCCGAUGAAAUGGAAGCCUUAAGUGCCCUCCUUCCCCACGAGGGGGAGUUUUUGCAGCUCUCGCCUACAUCCUGUGUCAUUCGAAUGCUGCCCUUCGGGGAACGAGGCGAGGGGGAUCCUGAGAAUCGCGUGAUGGUGAAAAUGCGUUUCAGCUUCCCGCCAGAGUAUCCCGAUACCCUCCCCGAGUGGUCCUUUGAAAGCUGGCGAGGCUUUCAAGAGGAGGAGCUGAACAAUCUCAAAAAGGAGAUCGAGCUGGAUAUGCAGCGCAACCUUAGAAGCCCUAUGCUCUUUUCUAUUGCAGAACUUGCAGUCGAGUGGCUGCGGGAGAGGAAUGCGCCGCCGAAAUCCAUGUACGAUCAAAUGAUGAGUCGGCAGAAUGUCGGCUGCUCUGAGGAGGUGGAAGAUGCGUAUGAUUCUGAAAAGCGCUCAGAAGAUGCAGCAGGCGUUCAUCAGAGCGAAAACGAGAACUCCGUUGAGGGGAGGCGGGGUCCAUCUGAGAAGACGCUUUGUGCCGCUUCUGAGCGCUGCACGAAGCAGGAGUUCGAGGCUUGGGCAAGUGCCUUCCAGCUCGAAAUGCAACAAAAAAACAUUUGGAAAGGGCUAGCUGGGAAAGGUGUCAAGACAGGCCGGCAGAUUUUCCUCGAAAAUGCUGCUGCCGCCUCGGCUGCUGCCGACGAAGAGGGUGAUGAUGCGGAGGCAUCUGGUGAGAAUCCAAGACUCUUCGAAGACGGCGACAAGGACGAGCUUCCAGAAGACGAGUAG